AAAGUUUAUGGGAAGCCCAACAACGUACAGUGAACUUGGUGUGAUUUUUUUUUGGAAACAUUUUGUUUUUGAAUCAUCAAAUACGGUGUAUGUGUUUGCUGUAUUGAAAGCUGGUGGGAGGGGCAUCAAUUUGGCGACUACUUUGGGUAGCCACUUAAUAUAUGCCUGUCUGCUUUUGUUAGAGUUAUAUCAGAUUAAAAAAAAAAAAGGAUUGGCCCAAACUCAUGCGAUGCCAAAUCGUAACUUUGUUUCUAAACUAUUUUUCAUAGACAUUUUUUUUCACAUCUCCAUUAACGAAACAUCCUCACCCCGCCUUCAAUCAUGAAUUGUCCUAAAUGUCUUUACUCGUUUUUAGACUCAGCCUUUGUUUCAUACUUCCUGAGUUAUGAAGGGUUUCCUUUCAUAAAUCUCAAGUUAUUCACGUGGUUGGAACAAAUUGGAGGAUCUUGUUAAAUUUCUUUCAACCACUUGAAGUGUUUCAAUUUUUCACCAAAAUAUUUUCAAAAAAAUAUAGUUCUGAUAUAAUUUUGCAUGCCAUGACGAAAACCGCAUUUAUUUUUUUUCUAGAAAUUAAUAAAGAAAUCAGAAGCAUUUAAAGUUACGUAAAAACAAUGAAGUGAAACUUCAAAGUGGUUGGAAGAAAUUUAACAAAAUCCAAUUUGGGACGUGUAUCGUAUAUAAUGCAAUGGAAACCAUGGAAAGAUGUCCUGUGUAUUAUAUCUGAUACACAGUACAGCAUAGGGUUAAUAUAUGGGUGUUAGUUGUAGUCGAAAGUAUGUUAAGUUUAAGAAAGGAGCGGCCAAACCCACGCAAUACUACGCAACCGUGAUAGUUAUGAAAUUUUAACCCUGUUUCUUAACUAUUUCUCAUCGGCAUCCCACCCUCCUUUCUCGUAAUCAAUAACUUCAUAAUUAAAGAGAGAAAAAAAAAGAUAUUCUUUGACUUUUAAAUAGAUCAAUUAAUUCUGCCGGCUUCGGUUUUGGUUAAUUAUCUUCCCUUUACUAAAAUAAAUAUUAAUAAUAACAAGAAAGAAAAACAACUUCUCUACCAAUCGUUUAGUUAGUGAUUCACUUUCUGUUAGCUACUUUGUAACUAGCAACAGUAGCUGUAAAGCCGUAUUACACAAACAUACAUCCUUAUAACAUAAACAGUACCCUGCUCUCAGAGACUAUGUUGGAUUAAGUAACUACACCAGAAAAAGGUAAAAAAAAAAAAAGAAAAGAAAUUCAAGAUGUCUUUGUUGGGAGAUUUGGAGUCUGACUUGAAAAUUCCUUCAGAAUAUCUGACGGAUCCCUUGUUACUGAAACCAUCUUUGCACUACGAUUCUGAUGACAGAAUAACCAAAUUACAUGAAAGCUUAUUAAAGAAGUUGGAGAAUGAAGUACAUCUGUCAUGCAACCAAACUAUUCCAAGUCUGUCUUUGGAAAAUACUCUUCUGAAAGAUGAGCCUUCUACUGUCAUGCCAUUUUCUAUUGAACCUGAUUAUUUUAAAACACAACCAUCCCAUGUGUGGAAAUCACAGCAGAAACCAAAGCCAGAAGUUGUGCGUCCUUUGAAAAGAUGUAAACCCAUGCAGAGACCACCACUGAGAUUCAAUAAGAUACGAAGAAGAAGUGCAACAGGACUUAAGGACUUAAGACGUAAAGUGGUCAAGAAAAGAAAGAAAGAGAGUGAGAGUGAACAGUAUUCGAAUGAAUAUGAAGAACUGGUCUUUGACGAAGAAAUGGACAAAGAUGAUGGUGAUAAUUAUGAAAGAGGUGACAAGAAGGAUGACUAUUUGCAGAAACUGAAAUUCACUCAAGACAAUACUGAACCAGAAAUCUGUCCGGAUUCAUCAUUCAAAGAUAUUCAACAGUUAAAAGAGAAACUUCUUCGAGUAAUGGGUGCAGUUUUACUUUCCUCACCAAAGUUCAAGAGCUCUGAUUGUGAGGAGAAGACCUACAUAGAAAAUUUGUGCAUGAAAAUUGCUGAGGUGGACCCAGAAUUUAUUUUGAAGGUGGCCUUAUAUUCACGUCUGCAACUCAAUAUCCGUAGUGCGAGCAACUAUCUUCUUGCUUUUGCAUCUAUGCACUCUGAUUGUCGGAAUUUUUUGAAGAAAUACUACAAGAGAACUGUGGUUUUACCAUCUGACUGGAUCGAAGUUGCUGAAUUCUGUGCUUACCAAACUGCGAAUAAGCCUUUUAUUAUUGGCAUUUUACCAUCUGCCUUACGAAAAGUAAUGGUUGAAAAAUUUGCUGAUUUUGAUGAAUACCAACUUGCAAAAUACAACAAAGAGAAGAAAUCAAAGAAUACAGAUCAGGAUGAGGACAAGGAGAACAUGGAUGGAUAUCCUGAUAAGGUAUGGUUCUGGCUCACAUCUCAUCUCGCUACUGAGGAGUAUAGCCAGAAAAAGGUUAUUAUGAAACAACUGUAUCCAGAAAGUCUUGAAGAUUUUUAUAAAUCACGAUUGGAUGGCACUUUUGAUGAAAGCAGAGCUGGCAAGAGGAUGAAAUUGCCAGUUCCAGAAACAUGGGAGACCCAAAUUUCCUCACAUGGCAACAAGGCUAGUGUUUGGCAAUCUCUGAUAGAUCAUAGAAAAUUACCAUAUAUGGCUAUGCUGAGGAAUAUCAGAAAUUUGAUUACAGCAGAGAUCUCAAGCAAACAUACACGGCUCGUACUGCAAAAGUUGUCGGAUGAGAAUAACGUAAUCCACAGUAAGCAGCUUCCAACGCAGUUCUUCAGUGCUUAUGCUGUUUUAGAACAAAUGGAAAAGGAUUUAAAUAAUGCAUCAGAUGGAAUAUCAUCUGCAAAAAAACGGAAGAAAUGUGUGACUAGUUAUUCAAAAGAGACUUUAGAUACCUACAAAGCAGCAAUUGAGAAGGCCAUGAAGCUUGCUACUAACCAUAACCUGCGUCCUGUCAAAGGAAGGACUGUUAUACUUUGCAGCCUGGUUGAUGAAGGGUCAAAGAAGACUGUUUGCAAAUCAGCGAAAGGAUUUGGAAAAUCAUGGACUAAACAGCAAGUGGCUGUAUUGUUGGCUUUAAUGUGCAACUAUGCCUGUGAAGCCUGCGAGAUUGUGCUCUGGAAGAAAGACUGUAAGCCUUGUGUUGCAGAUGUAAAACCAGGAACAAUUCUCAACAAUGUUGGUGAACUUUUGGAUUCAGUUGUGGUAUCAUUUCCACCAGUAGAUUCCAGCUUCGAAGAGGAAUUGGAAGAAUUUUUCAUUAAAAAACUUGAAACCCGAGAACAGAUUGACAACUUGAUCAUGGUAGAUGAUUGUGGUAUAGAUGGUGUCAAUAAUUUCAAAAGUCUCUAUAGACUUCAUGUCAAUCCAAACAUGCUCUUUGUCAAAGUGUCUCUCAGUGAAAAUAAAAGUUCAUCUUUAAUCAAGAAUGAAAUGGGAAGCAGUGGUCUGGCCAAAGAUAUUGAAGUAGCUGGGUUCAGUGAUCAAAUCUUAACAUUCCACAUUCGAAUGUCAGCAUUGCAGGGAAGUGAAAGUAUUUCAGACAACUGGAAAACUGUUCAAGUAUUUAUUUCUUCGACUUUCCAUGACAUGCAUGGUGAGCGAGACAUCCUUACACGCUAUGUUUUUCCAAAAUUGAAACACUGGGCAAAAAAGCAUUUCAUUCAUAUCAAUGAAGUAGAUUUGCGGUGGGGAAUCCCGAAACAAGAAGCAGAAUCAUCGAGAAAUCUUGCUAUCUGCUUGGCUGAAGCAGCAAACAGCGAUUUAUUUAUUGGAAUUCUUGGAGAACGUUAUGGCUGGGUGCCAAAUAAAGAGAAUAUUCCUGCUAAUUCAGACUUUGAUUGGGUACGUGAAUAUGAAGGACAGCCAUCUAUUACAGAAUUAGAAAUGCACAUUGCUGCACUUUCACGUCCUGAUGCAACAAAAAAAACUGCUUUCUUCUACAUCCGAAAUGACCAGUUUUCAUUGAAAGUUCCAAAGAAAUGGAUGAAGAAUUUUGUUGCUGAAAACAGUGAUAAGCAAGCAAAAAUGGAUUCACUUAAAGAAAGAAUUAAAAGAUCUGGUUUUGAUGUUUGCAAUGGAUAUCCUGCUGAAUGGGGUGGAAUGAAAGAUGGUGUCCCAUUUGCAUCAGGUUUGGAAUGUUUUGCAAAACGAGUUUUUAAUCAAUUACAGAAUGCAGUGAAGUCCUUGCACAUUGACAAUCAGCCAGCUACGAAGAACACAGUCAAAACCCAGAUGAAGAACUUACAUCAGGCAUUUGUUGAGAAGCAGCAGGCUUUGUUUAUUGGUCGAAAAGCUCUGCUGGAAAAUUGUUUAGGCAAAAUUAAGCAAAUGUCCUCCGGCAUUCUGUUGAUUGAAGGAAAAGCUGGCUGCGGAAAAUCUGCUUUUCUCUGUAAGCUUGUACAAGAAUGCAUUUCUAAACAAUACGCUGAAGCACCUAAUGUUCUGGUAAAUAUCACUGGCAUCGCACCAGAUUCUACGAAUAUCAUGUUAGUUUUGAAACGCUUCUGUUACCAAAUGAAAAACAGCAAUAAUUUAGAAGGUUCCGUCCCGAAAGAAUACAAAAACAUUCUGAGAACAUUUUCACAAAUGCUCACCCAGUGUCGUCAUUCAGCUAAUGGGAAGAUUCUUGUCUUUAUUGAUGGACUCGAUCUGUUUGAUAGCAUCUAUCAGCCUCAGAAUUUGACUUGGUUGACUGAAAUCCCAGAGGGUGUGAUCUUCAUAUUAUCUGUUGAUAAUUCUGGCCAGUACCAUAGAAAUCUGGUUCGAAGGAAAGAUGUUUGCACUUUUAUGAUGCCAGGCUUGGUUAUGACUGAGAGACUACAAAUUAUACGAGAUGCUUUGGGUGCUUACCGUAAAGCAUUAAGUGAAUCCUUUUUCAACAACCAGGUAUGCUUUUCAUACUCAUUCAUAUAUCAACAAAAGCAGGGUGUCACUGAGAAAGUUACAUCUUUACCAGAAACAACUCAAAGUUUGUUGGAGAAUGUUCUGGAACGUUUGGAAGAAGAAAUCGGGAAAGACAUUAUCAAACAUUCUUUGUGUUUACUGCUCUGUUCUAAAAAUGGUCUUUUGACAUCAGAACUAUAUGAUCUGCUGAAUCUUUGUAUGGUUAUCAAACAUGAUCCGAAGGAAGAGAAACUCCAUAUGGAUUUGAAUAACCCUCUGCUUCUCCAAAAUCUCUCCAGUUCUCAUGAAUUUAUCCCCAAACACAAAUCUGUGCGAUUACAUUAUGUGCUCCACUGUUUUCUCAACUUUGGAGAAACGUAUGCAAGAUCUGGAUCUUUAUCUAUCAAUUAUAAAUUGUUGAGGACAGCAAUUCAAAACAGAUAUCUGAAAAAUGAGUCAACAAAAUAUUAUCAUCAAAUUUUAUCAUCUUAUUAUUAUCAGAAAGCAGAUUGCCAUUUUGAUGGUUCAUGGGUUGGAAAAGACAAACAUGCUUUAGCUGUAUUACCUUUUCAUUUGAUAACUGCAGAACUUUUCUCUGAACUGAAGAAAAUACUGACCAAUUUGAAUUUUGUGCAUUCUAUGUGCAUGUUUGGCCUGGGUUCCAUACUGCUAGAGUACUACUCACCAUGUUUUAUACAGUCUAAAAAUAUGGAGAAACUCUACAAUGCAGUUUUAGCUGAUCCUGAGGUAGUAGACUUCAAGGAUUUCCUCAAAACCAAUUUACAUAUCUUAAACAAAUGUCCAUCAUUGACAUGGCAGCAAGCUAUAAAUGGUUCCCCCAGCAACAGUGUCCACAAGAAAGCAAUGACUGUUGAUAAAAUGGUUUAUGUCCACUGGAAUAAUCAUCCAGACACGAAGGACCCUUGCAACUUGUUGAUUGAUAAUCUUCUUGAGAAUCCUACCUGUGUUGCUCUAUCAUCUGAUAACACUCUUUUGGCUUGCGGAUGCGAAGAUGGUGUGGUACACUUGUUUGAUGCCCAAACUGGCAAUGAGCUACGAAAUUUCAUUGGACAUUCUAAUUGUAUUUCCUCUGUCUGUUUUGUCAAUACCAAUCAAUUGUGCAGUGCAUCAUUUGAUUCAAAUCUUUGUUUGUGGGACAUCAAAGAAGGGUUCAGGUCAAGACAGUUAUCCAAGAUAAUUCUAAGUAGUCUUCAUGUUUCAGUUCCACAGAGUCUAGGACAUUUACCCCCCAUGGACAAUAAACCUUCCCCCCACCAAAAGACAAUUACGUCUGAGGACAACAGAUGGCCUGUUAACUGUGUAGCAUUUCAUGCUGAGAAAGAAUUGAUUGUGGCCGGAUUGUGGGAUUCUACAUUACGUAUUUAUGAUUUCAACAAAAUGUCUGAAAUUGCUGUUAUCCGUGGUCACGUUUCAUCUGUACGUGCUGUUGCAUAUCUGCCAACUGGUACAUAUAUUACAUCUGCCUCUUUAGAUGGAUCUGUGAAAAUAUGGUCAGCUGACCAUGGCAAACAGGUUGGAAGCAUUAUGGGACACAUGGGUCCAGUUAAUGCUAUUGCUUACACCUCAAAUGGAAGAGAAAUGGUAACUGUCAGUGAAGAUGGCAAAGUAAAAAUAUGGUCAAGUUAUCUUGGCAAGUUGGUCCACAAACUAAAAGGAAAAGAUGAUGAUGCUGCAACUUGUGUGUCAAUCUCACCAUCUGUGACAAACAUUGCUGUUGGUUACCACAGUGGAAAAGUCAGAAUAUUUAAUAUUACAACAGGUGAGAAACUCCAUGACUAUCAGAUGCACACUAAAAGCAUAUGUACCAUUCGUUAUUCUCCUGAUGAGAAGUUCAUACUGACAGGAUCUGCUGACACCACUGCAAAGAUGUUUGUUUGGACUAAUGGUCACUGCAAGCAAAGUUUCACUAAACACAGUCAGCCACUGCUAUGUGCAGAUAUCUGCAGCAAGUUUGUUGUCACGGCAGCAGAAGACAUCUCUUGUUAUUUGUAUUUCCUGAAGAGUUAUUCAUCGGAAAACACUGAAUCAAGCCAAGUCUCACCAGCAAAAUUAGGGAAACGCAAACAAGCUGGAAGAGUGCCAAUUGGAUGGUACCAAUCAUCAUCUGUGACUCAGUUACAGCAGCAUGAUGCACCAAUAUCUGCUUGCACAUUUAGCUUUGAUGAAGUGUUUUUGGUAACAGCAGGUCGAGACAAGAAAGUUGUCAUUUGGGAUUUGAACAAAAUUUGGCAGCCACACCGAAUCAUGUUUGAUUGUCACAGAGAUUGGAUUACUGAUUGCAAGAUGUCUAAAUGUGGGGAAUUCUUGGUCACAUGUUCAAAUGACUUUUUGAUAAAAGUUUGGAAUACCAGAAAUGGCACACUGGCAAGCACGAUGACUGGUCACAUGGCUCCUAUUAAUGCUGUCAGUUAUAGGAAGCAAUGUGUUACCUCAGCCUGUUCUGAUGGCUCUGUCAAAAUCUGGUCAGAUAAAGGAUUUGAAGUAACCACCCUCUUUGGCCAUAGUAAUCGAGUUAAUGAUUGUGAUAUGCGAUUACAAAAUGAAGACGUUGAUUUAACUGAAGCACGAAAAACAUGGGCAAAUGUUGUAACUAAAAAGAAAACUACCAGUUUGAAAAGGGAGAGAUCUGUUACCUUGGCAACAUGUAGUGAUGAUGGUCUUGUGAACAUAUGGGAGCCUUUAACUCUCAAAGAAAACUUCUGUCUUAAAGGUCACUCUGACCAGGUUCUAGGUGUGUCUUGUACCAAUAAAGGUGUAAUAUGUUCUUGUUCAAAAGAUGGUUCUCUCCGCAUUUGGUCAGUUCCUUCUGGUUCUGAUAAAGUCACGGAUGAUAAUGACCACGAUGGACCAAUAACUGGAAUCAUUUAUUCCCCUAUUACCGAUACGGUCAUCACAUCUAGCAGGGAUGGAACUGUGAAAUUUUGGAAUGCUUCCAAUUUGACUCGCCCAAAGUGCAUCACAACUCUUAAGCUGAGUGAGUCUUCCAUCAAUUGUAUGUGUUUUUAUGAUGUCAAAGGCACCAUGUUUGCUACGGGUACAGACAACAGAACCAUCGUAGUUUGGCAAAUAGUUCCACAGAGAGCGACGUACACUGUCAAGAAAAUGAAAGAGUAUACAUUAGACACACCGGUUGUUGGCUUAGAAUCUUGGCCAACAACUGAGCGCCAAACGAUGCUGGAUGUACUGAUUUCUUACACACGGAAAACUACACUAACACUUUAUACAUUGAGCACUGAAGCUAUCGAAAAAGAUGAUGGUGAAGAAAAUGUUGUGAAAUUCUCUUCAGUCAAACUAAAGGACAAAAUACUGAUAAUUAGUAUAACUGAUGACCGAAAUUUUCUCGUAUGGGAAGCAACUAAUAAGAACGGUGAAACUUCUAUAAUGCUAGAGCAUACAAUAGAAACAGACUGGCUACUUACUCCUGAAACACUUCUGACUGCUGUUUUUGUGACAGAGAAGCUCACUUUCAUUGGGGACAGUUCUGGUCAAGUUCAUUGGCAAGAUAACAGUUUCAAAUAUGAUGAUGAUAAAGAUAAAAGGAAGAACAUCACAACAUUAACGGUUCAACGAAAUGUUGCAAUCACUUGUAUACUGGUCAUUGAUGAGAUUAUCGUGACAGCAAGUGCUGACAAUGUACUGCGUAUGUGGAAGAUGGAUAUGGAACAGAUUGCUCAGUUUUACUGCUUAGCACCUGUAACCAAUAUGACUUUCUGCCAACGGACACAGACCGGAGAUAUUCAUAUCGUUGUUGGAGACCAACUCGGCAAAAUCUACUUUCUAACAUUAAAGUUUUAAAUGUUUUUUUUUUAUAAAUUUAAUUUCUAAAUAGAAAUGCCUUAAAAAAAAAACAAAAAAAAACAAACAAGACAAAAUAAAUAUUAUCCCAAGUAUUGCCAAGGUCAUCUUAGCUUUUUCGUUUUUUAAUUCAGGACUAGUAAAACAAAGUACAAAUGUAGUACUGCAAUGAACGGAAUCUACUAAACCGUUCCUCUCAGACUUCAGGCCUUGUGCCUAUAUUAGAAACAAUUGCUGGCAGAAUCGUUGGAGUAUGAAAGAAAAAUCUUUGUGGUAUUUGUUCCAGCUGUAUAUAUUCUGAGUUCAAAUACCACUGAGUCCAAUUUUGUCUUUCAUAUCAUACUUCUAGGGUGGGUAAAAUAAAAUACCAGAAAACUACUACUGCCCUUCAAAAUUGCUGGCCUUGUAUCUAAAUUAGAAACUACUGUUGCUAGCAUUAUGAUUAUUAUUGUUAUUAUUCAAAUUCUGCUGAGGUUGAUUUUGCCUUUCAGCCGUUCAUGGUCGAUAAAAUAAGUACCAGUUGAACACUGGGGUUGAUGGAAUCAACCUCUCCCAAAUUUUCAGGCCUUGGGCCUUCAGUAGUAAUGACUCUUUAUACCAUUAUCAUUAAUACUUCUUUUUACUUUUCCUUAAACAUUGCAUUUUUGUACCUCCCUUAUUAAUCACUUUUCCUUAGAAUUUUUUUUUCUUUUUUCUGAAUAAAAACAAAAAGUAAAAAAAACAGCCAUCUCUUAAUACUCAGAUUUCAAAUCCUCACAGAAUCAAUUUUGCCUUUUGAGGAGUCAAUAAAAUAAGUACUAGUCCAGUACUGGUUUUUUAUUUAA